AUAUAUUAUCAAGCACUCGCUUCAUUCUCUUUCUUUGAUAUAUUAUUAUCUCGCACUCAGAUGGAGUGCAUCAUUACUCUCUGGCAGAUCUGCUGCAGAUCGUUAACAUUUUCUUCUUCGUCGUCGUCUAUUGCUAUUGAUCCUGCAGCUGGGGCCGCUGAAGAUGUUGAUAUCCCCCCUCCUCAAGAAAAGUAUGAUGUGUUCAUCAGUUUCAGAGGUGAGGACACCCGCCUUGGUGUUACCAGCCAUCUUCAUGCUGCCUUACUUCACGAGAAAAUUGAAACCUACAUAGAUUACAGACUUCACAGAGGAGAGGAAAUCGGACCUGGGAUUCUAGAAGCAAUCGAGAAAUCUAGGCUUUCAGUGAUCAUUUUCUCGAAAAACUACGCUUCUUCCACGCGGUGUUUGGAUGAGCUCGUGCAUAUAAUCAAAUGCAAGCAAAGAUAUGGUCAGAUGGUUAUACCCGUAUUCUACGACAUCAAUCCAUCGGAUGUCCGAAAACAACGCGGGAGUUAUGCGGAUGCAUUUGCUGCACUUGACAAACGUUUCAAGGACAGUAUCGACAAGGUGCACAAGUGGAGGGAUGCUUUGACGACUGCAGCCAAUCUAUCUGGGUUUGAUUACUCAAACAAUUCCGGGACGGAGGCAGAUCUAAUUGUGAAAGUUGUUGAUCAUAUUUGGACCGAAUUGAAUGGUGAAUCAUCAAGCAUUUUGGAGUGCCUGGUUGGAAUUGGAAGCAGCAUCGAGCAAAUAGAAUCGCUAUUAGACAUUCAUUCACAGGAUGCUUGCAUCACUGUAGGAAUUUGGGGGAUGGCUGGUAUUGGCAAGACCACCCUUUCCCAAGUUGUUUUUCACAGACUCGCUUAUAAAUUCGAAGCCAGUUGUUUUCUUAGAAAUGUUAGGGAGCACUCAGAACGAACUAAUGGACUAGAUCACUUGAAAAAAGUACUUCUUAGAGAGAUAUUAAAGGAAGAAGGUCUAUCCCUAGGAUCAACUUUGAUUCAAGAAAGGCUCAGUCGUACGAAGGUGCUCAUUGUUCUUGAUGAUGUGAGUGAUUCAAUGCAAAUGGAACGUUUAGUUGGCAAUCGUCUUUGGUGUGGCACUGGAAGUAGAAUCAUUAUCACAAGUAGAGAUAGGGGAAUAAUUAGGCAAACUGUUAAAGAGGACAAGAUCUACGAGGUUGAGGGUUUAAAACCAGACGAUGCUCUUGAACUCUUCUGUUCACGUGCUUUCAAAAAUAACAGUACUCGUAGAACAGAUUAUAUGGAGUUGGCAGAAAAGGCGGUGGAUUAUGCUGAAGGCAUUCCUUUAGCUCUUGUACUUCUGGGGUCCACAUUCCUAAAUUGCAAGAGGAAAGAAGAAUGGGAAGAUGAAUUGAACAAAUUGAAACAAUUUCCCAAUGAAAAUAUCCGGAGAGUGUUGAGACUAAAUUAUGAUGAAUUGACAAGAAAUGACAAGGAGAUCUUUUUGGAUAUAGCAUGUUAUUUUAAAGGGAACCAUGUGGAUGACAGUUCUUGUUGA